GCCGACAGUCGUGUUUGGACCGUCGUCGCGUUUGGUGUGUUUUUGCGGUGUGCUGGCCAGGUAACAUUAGGUCUUCUGGUAGUGUUGUGUGUGCAACACUUUUACCGUUAGUGUAUCCACCGGUGGCGGUAGUGGUGUUAAUUCAUUCACAAGAACCGAUCAGUUUACCACUACCAGUGCGUUCCGGAUCCAGCUUUGCUAGGUUGUGGCUAGCCAAAAACCGUCGUCUGUCUUGAAGCGUGUGCGGAGAUGCUGCUGAAACAAAAGAACGACCGAUCUAGUAACACAAAUACAACUACUGCUGCUGCUGGAGAACAGCGAACGGUCGUCGUGUGUACGAUCAUUGCAGCGAAAAGAUUAAAUUUCCACGGGAUGAUGUGAAUAAUAAGUUUUUCGAGUUGUGAUGAGAGUUACUUAUUGUUUAAUCGAAUUUUUGCUCUGUGGUUGCUGGUGAUAAUUUGUAUGUAAACGAAAUUAUGCUGAGGCAGUUCGAGGUUCAAAUGAAGUGCUUGUGAAGGAAUUUGGUCUGCUGAGCUUGAAGAAAAUGUUAACAGGGUACAGAAGUAAAUAAACGUACAGAAUCCUACAGGUGUGUGUUCGAUGUAUCGCGCCAUCGGACGGCGGUUGGCCUCCUGUUUCGUUCUGCUUCUUCUUUAGUGACGUCGGUCGACCGAGCGCGACCGUGAGAAACAAGAAAAAAGUAGUUGAAAUUCGAGUAUAGUGUUAUGGGUUGGGAAAAAAUCAAACAAAAGUUGGAUUGGUGUUCUUGUUGCUUGGAGAAAUAAGAAGCGUUAAACGCGACAACGUUUUAGUGUUUACUACGGUUCAAGAUAACGGUGGUUUGCUAUCCUGCUGGAGUGUCCCAUUCCUACGAUUGCGCUCAACUGGAAUGCAGUGAAAUUGUGCAGUGCCAGUGUUUGUGAGUGUGUACUCUUGCAACAACAAAAAAAUAAUUAGCUUAUCAAAUGAACGACUAAUUUCGUGUGGUAUGAUGCUCAAUAGCCCCCAUUUCGGAAAGAGUUGAUUAGUAAUGUGAAAAGCAACGAAAAAGUGUAAGUGGUUGAAAAAAACAAAGCAUAUGCAUUGUUUGUUCGUUCUCUUAUCUUCUGGGUGAUGGCCGUGGGUAAAUAUUAAUGUGUUGAUGAAAUAGCACGCCCAGCUUACCUACUGAUACAGAGUGUUUGUCGAUGUGGGGAUUUCUCAAUCGGUUACCUAGCUGAUAAGAGUGAUAAAGGCUCGCUAACGAGGGAACGAAUUUCGCCCACUUUUAUCAACGCGAACAACGGUUGAAACAUCCUCGCCAGGCGCACAACUACGCGGCCAAUAGUUGACGCGUAUUUCGACGGAAUAGUACCUAGUACAGAAAAGCAAACCCGAAGAUAGUGAUUGUUAUUGAUAUGUGCGAAGCAGCGCAAUAGAGCUCCAUAGAAUGGAAGCUCACGAACGACUGUUGCACCGUCUAGAUCGACAAAUAGCCCGGCAGGAAACUAUGGCGGCUGGCCGAAGGUGCUGCUCCAGUGAACAUUGUGCUGAUGUUGGUGCGCCGCGGCGCAAGCUAGCCGACAGAUCGUGUAGAACAACGUUGCGAAAUCGCAACAGAGCGUCGGUGUGUUCCGGCGCGAGACCUACUGGGUCAAGCCGAGUGUUAUCAGCUUGGUCGCUGUCAGUGGCCGUACUGCUGCUGCUGUUGGGCGUAACGCAGCUAUCGACCGUUAAUGCAGAACCUCAAAUGCAAGCGCCACGCUUCACGACGCAACCAUCCUCGUCUGGUUCGAUGGUGAACGAAGGCCGAACCAAGAUACUUCAGUGCCACGCUUUGGGUUACCCACAACCCAUGUACCGGUGGCUGAAGAACGGUGUACCAGUAGGAGAUUUCGACAAUAGUCAGUAUCUAAAGAUUCAAAGUACAACAAGGGACGACGCUGGAUCGUACCAGUGCCUAGCGAAGAAUGAUGCGGGCACGAUAUUUAGUGAAAAAAUUGAUGUCGUUGUGGCAUAUAUGAGCGUCUUCGAGGAUCUCACCGAACAGGUCGUCUCGGUACAGUCGGGCUACCCGGCGGUACUGAACCUAUCGCGGAUAGAGUCCGUCCCCGAACCGUCGGUUACCUGGCAGACGGAGGAAGGUCCGCUGAACUACGACAUCAAGUACGCAACGACGGCCGACAAUCAGCUUAUCAUUCUCAGCGUCGACGAAAACGAUAUGAAGUCCUAUCGAGCACGUGCCAUCAAUACGCAAAUCGGCAAGGAGGAAAUCAGUGCAUUUAUUCGGGUUAACAUAACGGGUAGUUCAUACGGAGAGGUUGCCCCGGAGAUCAUAGUGGAGCCGAAAAGUAUAAAAGUGGUGCGCGGUGAACAGACUGUGCAGCUGGAGUGUAUUGCCAACGCCAGGCCGUUGCAUGAGUUGGAAACUAUUUGGCUCAAGGAUGGAAUUCCCGUCGAAAAUGCCGGGAUUCAGUAUGCCCAUACGGAUCCGUGGAACCGAACUCUUGCGUUGUUGUAUGUGAAUCUAACGCACACCGGUCAAUACACGUGUCAAGUGCAAAUGCGAACCGGUGGGCACCCAACAGUUUAUUCGGUAGCUACAGUGACGGUGCAGGAACCUCCAUCAUUUUUCACACCUUUCCGAACGGAAACUUUAGGAGAUUAUGGCUCAAAAACGGUGCUUCCUUGCGAUGUAAUCGGCGAACCCACUCCUUACGUUACGUGGUUCAGAAACGCGGAAGGAUUGGAUUUGUCCACGGAUCGGUACACGGUCUUGGAAGACCACUCACUGGUGAUCAAAAAGCUCAGUAUGGAGGAUUCGGCAAUGUUCCAGUGUCUUGCUAGCAACGAAGCAGGAGAAAAAUCCAGUUAUACCUGGUUGAAGGUCAAAAAUAACACCGACCACCCGACCGUGCUCGAGCACCUAAUCCUAUACAAUCAGUUCAUUCGUAACAAACGUCUGGCACAGCCCAGAAUCAUUCGUGUACGCAAUUCUGCAUCGGCAGCCAACUCCACAGCAUCCACCAUCAGCAGCCCUAGCGGAGGCGGCGGAGCCGGUAGCAAUAGCUCCAGUCGUGGCCGCAAAAAGACAGCGGCUGGCUCCUCUCCCUCUAUCUCGGUCGCAACAGCAACGUCUAGUAUUACGGCACGUGCCGAGAAUUUUAGCGCUGACAUUAGACCUGCUAUCCCCAUCAUGGAACUACCGCCCACCAACCAGACGGUCUUGGACGGAAAAGACGCCACAAUGCACUGUCGAGCAGUAGGUGCGCCCAACCCUAACAUCACCUGGGUAUUCAAUGAAUCUCAAGGCAUCGAACUAUCCGGUCGAGUUCAGAUUCUCGACACGGGCGAUUUGCUAAUAUCGAACGUGCGGGAAUCGGACACUGGAUUGUACACCUGUAUUCGUGCCAACGAGGCCGGAAUCGUUACCGGCGAAGCGUUCCUAGGUGUUAUGGUGAGGACCCAGAUCGUUCAACCACCGGCGGAUACUACCGUACUGCUCGGUCACACCGCCGCGCUCCAGUGUAAGGUUUCGUCGGAUCCGACCGUUCCAUUCAACGUCGAUUGGUACCGAGAGCCACAACGGCAGCCCAUCAAGAAUAGCCAGCGUGUCGCAGUGAAAGCUGACGGAACGCUAGAGAUCGUUGAGGUGCGCCCUUCGGAUGUUGGGCAGUAUUCGUGCAUUGUGACUUCACCGGGGGGAAACGAAACACGCUCGGCACGACUAAGUGUAGUCGAGCUUCCGUUCGCACCGACGAAUGUAAAAGCUGUGCGCUUGAAUACGGCAACCCAUCGGGCGAUCAAUGUUUCGUGGACUCCUGGAUUUGAUGGGAACAGCGCUGUGCUAAAGUUUAUUAUUCAAAGGCGCGAGGUCCCCGAACUAGAAAUUUCAGGACCAUUACCGGAUCCACUACUGAAUUGGGUCACCGAACUAAGUAACGUUUCAGCCGGAUCCCGGUGGGUUCUGUUGACCAAUUUGAAAGCGGCUACGGCAUACCAGUUUCGCGUGAGUGCAGUGAAUCGGGUCGGUGAAGGUUCACCCUCGGAUCCGAGCAACGUGAUAAAGCUACCCCAGGAAGAUGAACUGAGGAGGAGAGUUCCUUCUCCUCCCUCUGGACCACCGGUAGGCUUCGUUGGAUCGGCUCGCUCCUCUUCGGAAAUCAUCACGCAGUGGCAACCACCGCUAGAAGAGCAUCGGAACGGUCAAAUCCUUGGCUAUAUUAUUCGCUACCGUCUCUUCGGAUACAAUGCUAGUCCGUGGAACUAUCGAAACAUCACCAACGAAGCUCAACGAAACUACCUCAUUCAAGAACUGAUCACGUGGAAGGACUAUAUCGUACAAAUCGCUGCAUAUAACAACAUGGGCGUCGGUGUCUACACCGAAGGAGCUAAGAUCAAAACGAAAGAGGGAGUACCGGAGGCACCACCGACAAACGUUCGCGUGAAACCAUUGCACUCCACUGCAAUUCGAAUCUGGUGGAAGCCUCCAAAUCCCCAGCAGAUCAAUGGGAUAAAUCAGGGAUAUAAAAUUCAGGCUUGGAGGUACGAAAUAAUCGAUGGGGAAGAACAUGAGACGGAAGCUAAAAUGAUAACCGUUCCACCCAGCCUCUUGGAUCCAUUGGCCGAGCAAGACACGGUCAUGAUGGGAUUAGAUAAAUUCACCACAUAUAAUGUAACGGUUCUAUGCUUCACCGAUCCUGGAGAUGGUGAACGGAGUUUUCCAAUCGAGGUUAAAACCAAAGAAGACGUCCCGGAUGAGGUAAGCUCUCUCCAGUUUGACGACGUAUCCGAUCGAGAGGUGAAAGUUAUGUGGACACCACCGAAACAGAUCAACGGUAUUCUGACCGGUUACCAGGUCAAGUAUCAGAUCAAAGACAAACCUGCCACCCUGAAAGUGUUUAAUACUAGUGCCGAUACAACCAACCUCAAAGUCGUUGAUCUUGUUGCAACCACACACUACUGGUUUGAAGUAACUGCAUGGACCGCCGUUGGUGCCGGCCUUCCAAGGGCAGCUACAAUUCAGUCCGGUGUUGAACCUGUGCUGCCCCACCCACCCUAUCAGUUAGCGCUAUCUAACAUAGAAGCAUUCUCUGUGGUUAUCCAAUUUACUCCUGGUUUUGACGGGAAUUCGUCUAUCACCAAGUGGACCGUCGAAGGACAAACUGCUCGCAAUCUAACCUGGUUUAUCAUCUACGAAGUACACGAUCCUGAUGCAUCCACUCUGACAGUUACCGGUUUGACUCCUUUCACGCCCUACCGAUUAAGAAUAAUCGCAUGGAACGUGGUUGGGCCGUCAGAACCUUCCGAACCGACCAAAGAUUUUCAAACUAUUCAGGCACGCCCAAUGCAUUCACCGUUCAACGUUACCGUUCGAGCUAUGAGUGCCACCGAGUUACGAGUUCGCUGGAUUCCUCUACAGCAGACCGAAUGGUUCGGAAAUCCUCGGGGAUACAAUAUCACCUACAGGAACGUCAACGAAAAGGCUCAAAUAUCAGCAUUCAGCGUAAUCAUAGAGGAUCCUACGGCAAACUCGCAUGUGCUAGACAGUUUGGAAGAGUGGUCUGUUUACGAAAUAUUCAUGAGCUCGGUCAACGAGGUAGGACAGUCCAAUGAAAGUCCUCAUGCCUUCGAACGGACUCGGGAGGCGGUCCCUUCAUUCGGUCCACUCGGGGUGGAGGCCAACGCCACCUCAUCGACAACGAUCGUAGUCAAAUGGGCUGAAGUUCCGAAAGAACAUCGGAAUGGGCAGAUCGAAGGCUACAAAGUAUUCUACGGAUCAGUUGGUAGAACGCAAAUUCUCCAUAAAACAAUAGCCAAUAAUUCAACCUUCACGACAACAUUGACUGAACUGAAAAAGUAUGUGCAGUAUGACAUUCAAGUUCUUGCUUACACUCGACUAGGAGAUGGAAUGUUAAGUACGCCUCCCGUUAGAGUACAAACUUUCGAGGAUACUCCAGGAGCACCAUCGAAUGUAUCGUUUCCGGAUGUAUCGUUUAGCAUGGCACGAAUCAUCUGGGACGAUCCUGACGAACCGAACGGUGAGAUAUUGGCGUAUAAGGUGACGUAUCUGUUGAAUGGAUCGGGGAGUUUGAAUUACAGUCGAGAGUUUCGUCCCAUCGAUAGAACUUUCCGUUUUACUCAGUUGCUUGCCGAACGGUAUUAUCUCUUCAGUGUGACUGCCCAGACCCGACUUGGGUGGGGUAAAACAGCAGCCGUACUCGUUUAUACCACUAACAACCGAGAAAUUCCGCAAGCUCCUUCAUCUCCUCAAAUAUCAAGAUCUCAAGUACAAGCUCAGCAGAUCACUUUCAGUUGGACACCGGGACGGGACGGGUUUGCACCGCUUCGAUAUUAUACUGUUCAAUUGCGGGAAAAUGAAGGACCUUGGACGGUGAUCCCUGAACGGGUUGACCCAGGCGUCACGUCCUACACGGCACUUGGACUGAAACCACACACCCUAUACCAAUUCCGUAUUCGAGCAACGAAUGACAUGGGUCCUUCGGAUUUCAGUAAGGAAAGCAUAGAAGUUCGUACACUACCAGCAGCUCCAUCGGAAGGUAUCACCAAUCUCAAGGUGGUUCCUAUUACAACAACAAGUGUUCGCGUUCAGUGGACUUAUCUAAGGAAAAGUUUGUGGAAUGGAGAUGCAAGUACUGGAGGAUAUCGUAUACUCUACCAACCGAUCUCUGAUUUCCCGUCAACGCUACAAAGUAUCCCGAAGCUGGACGUUAUGGGAGUAGAACAAGAGACAGCUAUUUUAAAGGAUUUAACACAGGAUCGCAAUUACGAAAUCAUUGUACAACCAUUUAACUCACAGGGAGUUGGACCUCCAACCCCACCGGUAGCAGUUUACGUUGGUGAAGCCGUACCCACCGGGGAGCCACGAGGUAUCGAAGGAGCCCCGGUUUCAUCAACCGAAGUUCGUCUGCGUUGGAAAGCUCCGCAGCAGAGUAUGCAAAACGGGGAGCUGCUGGGAUAUAAAAUCUUCUACUUGGUAACGGACUCGCCGCAGGAACUGGAAGAAGGUCGAAAACACGAGGAAGAAAUAGAAGUCGUUCCCGCCUCGUACACCUCGCAUAGUUUGGUCUUCCUGGAUAAGUAUACUGAGUAUCGGAUUCAGAUUCUGGCAUUUAACCCAGCUGGGGAUGGGCCACGGUCAACUCCGAUAACAGUGAAGACUCUGCAGGGACUUCCCGGUCCGCCCAGUAGUCUUUCAUUUCUAGAUAUCACAAUGAAUAGUUUGAAGGUCGGGUGGAACCCUCCGAAAAAGCGAAACGGGGAAAUUUUAGGUUACAUUGUGACCUAUGAAACCACCGAGGAUAAUGAAAAGUUUAGCAAACAAGUCAAGCAAAAGGUAUCUGGAACAAGUUUGCUCGUACAAAAUCUGGAGGAAGAAGUAACGUACACCUUCACGGUUCGCGCGCAAACAAUCGAUUACGGUCCUGCACUCAGCGGUAACGUGACUACAGGUCCACAGGAAGGUUCCCCCGUAUCACCACGUGACCUUUUGCUGUCCAAAACGCAAUCCAGCGUUGACAUGUCUUGGGUUAAUGGUCCGUCCGGCAAAGGUCCCAUUCUCGGCUACUAUAUCGAAACGAAAAAACGAGAUAUGGAACACUAUUAUAAUUACGAUUCCCGUUGGGAAACGGUCGCCCGUACGACUAACGGUCCUAUCCAGGAAUUCACCGUGAGUUUCCAAAGUUUACUGCCAUCAACUGCUUACAAGUUCCGGGUGAUAGCCUACAACAGGUACGGCAUCAGUUGUCCAGUCUACUCGGACGAUGCCAUUUUAACCCCAUCGAAGCUAUACAUGGAGUAUGGCUAUCUACAGCAGAAGCCAUUUUACCGCCAAACUUGGUUCAUGGUGGCUCUGGCAGCGACCUCGAUAAUCAUUAUUAUCAUGGUGAUUGCGGUGCUGUGUGUAAAAAGCAAAAGCUACAAGUACAAACAAGAAGCUCAGAAAACGCUUGAGGAAUCGAUGGCCAUGUCAAUCGACGAACGGCAAGAGCUGGCGCUAGAGCUGUACCGAUCCCGCCACGGCGUGACAAGUGCUAACGGAACACUCAAUGGUACAGGGACACUAGGACGACGAACGGGCACUAUUAUCGGUUCUCGGAAACCGCAAACAUCGGCUGCUGCGGCUGCUUCGCUGGGAAAAUCUCCACCAAGACCAUCGCCGGCCUCGGUUGCCUAUCACAGCGACGAAGAAAGCCUCAAGUGUUACGACGAGAAUCCCGACGAUAGUAGCGUGACGGAGAAGCCAUCUGAGGUCAGCUCCAGCGAUUCACAGGCCUCGGAAAGCGAGAACGAAAGCGUCCGCUCCGAUCCGCACUCGUUCGUCAACCACUACGCGAACGUAAACGAUUCGCUGCGACAGUCCUGGAAGCGCCAGAAACCGGUGCGCAACUACUCCAGCUACACGGAUUCCGAGCCCGAGGGCUCGGCGGUGAUGAGUUUGAACGGAGGACAAAUCAUCGUAAAUAAUAUGGCCCGAUCGAGGGCGCCACUGCCCGGAUUCAGCUCGUUUGUAUGACCUUCGUCCUGCGAGGGGAUAAUCGACGAACUGGACGCGAAACUGAAGGCCAGAAGCAAUGGGCACGCGAAUGGAGGGGUGUCUACUGGACGUGUUGCUUCCGGCAUCAGCGGUAGCAAAAGCGAGAAUCAGCUGUCCUGACGUGAGCUGAAGGACGAAGAGAUUCAUGCCAGAGGUAGCUGUAGGAAACUUGUUUGUGAUACAAAAGUUUUACACUUGAAAAUUUAGAGCGUGAGUGUGUUUGUAUGUGUAUGUGUAUGUGAGAGAGUUUUAUCGUAAGAGGUAGUGUAAACGCGAACCAGUUUUUUAUUGUAGAGAUGAUGAGAUUCUAUCUAACAAACACACUGGCCAUUUCUUUUGUGUGCGGUAUGCAUUCGAAUAUAACCAGCUACGUGAGAGAAAAGCAUAAUCAAAAAUAUGACUGAUUUUUAUUCUUUACUAUAGAAUAUUCAAAUUUAAUUUAGGCAGAAUUUAGUAAACUACCUUUAUAUCUACUUAGCAGCUGACUAUUUCGAUUUUAGUGAAUAUUAUUCAGAACUAGAACUGACAAAAUAUCUACAUGCUGUUCUGUACAAUACUGAGCAAAACUUCAGAAGGGAUAUGUAGAAAGUAAAAAUAAUGAACCUCAAUGUGCAAAUUGACGUUUGUAAUGCAUUGUAACAUUGCAUAAUUGAAAAUAUAAAAUUAAAAAUAGAAGUGGAACGUUGUUAGGUGCAAUACGCAAAGCUACGAUGUCAUUCGAUCUCAAAUUUAAUAAAAAGGCACAAAUAGCGUACGAUCCUGUCCUUUUGGUAUACCGAUUUAAAACUUUAUUAGCAUGUUUCUUGAUGCUAUCCUAAUUCGGCAUUAUCUAUACAGAAGGUUUUGCGUUUAUUAGUAGCAAGCCACUAGAAGACAAUCGCUUUGAGUUUCACAGCCAUAAUAUUACAUUUAAAAUUGUAUUCUUCAAAUGUAUACUUUGUUGGAUUGUAUUUAUAACAAGAAGCUUUGUUUUUAUAAAACUCGAACCGAUUGUUUUAAUAAGCAUUUCCGGAAAAACAAGUCUUAAGCUGUAAUAACUUAAUAACAUAAUUGUCCACUGCCACAUUCUAUUCCAUGCGUGCAUCUUAUAUCGAGAAUUUACACCAACCCUCCAAGGCCAUGGAGCAUUGACUAUUGCCGUAGUUAAGGAAAACCAAAUGAUCCCUGUCCUGGAUAGGGUGGAGUACAGAAAAAAGUAUUGUAUGAGUAGUGCAACAUUCUUCCGGUUUGUUUAAUCAGUUAUUUGGUCGGAUCGCUAGCGUUCCGAUAAUACCUACUUCCAGUUGCCUUAUCAUAUUUAGGUUUAACUCCUUAUUGUUUUAUGACACGUUUUUUACGUGCGGUGUUUCUUCGAUAAACAUGCGCAUUUUAUGUUCUCGCGCCGUAGACUAAACAACAGACAAAUGUAUAUAGAGACGAUCGUUAUACGAAUGAGCAAGCAAAUAAUCAAGUUAGUUGUGGAUAGUACUAUACCUAGUUGAAACGGAGAAUCAUUUGUAGCAUCUAUGGAAAUUUGUCUAGUUAUUAGCAUCACUACUUACUUUCAGUGAUCGAGAAAAUCCAAGUGUAAAUGUAUUCUUUUGUACAAAGUUUAUACAGCAGAGUAGUAAAUUAUCGUAAGACUUCUAAUUAUUUUACCUAGCUAGCGAAAAUAAGAAAUUUAUUAGAGUGUGAAACAAGCUGAAUUAAUAACUUCUGUUCCCAGAUAUGGAAAUAGUCAGUACCACACAAUGAUGAAUCAGAAACAAAUGCAUUUGUCAAUAACAAAUGAACAAAGCUUGCACAAUACCUAGAUGAAAAAAGAAAUAUUCACAAACAACCGAGAAUCUGCAAAUAACAAACAAUACAAUCGAAUACACAAUCUUUUUUGCCCCGAAUCAUGCCUCGAUUCACGAAACAAACUGCUACUACUGUUAUUCACGAUAUUCAUUGCCUUCAUAGUACAGUGCGUAUUGUCAUAGAAAUCACCUGCAAAACUACGGUACGAAAAUACGUCAGAUCUACUUAAAUCGUUGCUACAACAGACAGAGAAUAAAACAAAUGAUGCCACUCUAAUUAUUCAUAAGAAAAAUGUGUAUGAAUAAUACAAAUGUGAAAAACA